ACACAUGACGGACCUCGCGGGAGAAGCCCAUUGAUUCUCACCUAUUUAUACCAUUAUCGUCUGAAUGUGAAUUUGUUUUUGUUUAUACUUUGAACCUGUAGCUGCAUAAUAUUCUUAGAAUCAUAUUUUCAUUGAGCAUUUUAUAUCAACAUUUUUCUUGAAUCCAUUUGAAAUCAUUUCAUACCAAAAUUGGCGUCUGAAAAGACUCAAUGGCGCAGAGGCCCGCCUGAGAGGACAAUAACCCACAAAGACGCGCACACAAGUAGCAGAUAUGCCGUCACGGAGGAACACGCAGAUCCAGAAGACAGCCUCAUGGGCCAACCACUGCUUGGACGUUCAUCCCUGAAGCCAGGCCUGCGUGUCCAUGAGGCCCCUAAAGAGCCCAGCCAGUCUGCUCUGAAUGGGGCCUCCACCACAUGAACUGACAUGGAGGAUGAAGAUGGCACUUGUUUACUUGAUGUUUUAUGUGACCCCCAAGCCCUGAAUGACUUCCUUCAUGGAACCAACGAGCUGGAAGGUGACGACCUGCUCAUUAAUUCCUCCCCAGGAGAGCCCUCGUUGUUUGCUGAUGCCCCCAGUCCAGGAUCCUUGCUGGCAGAUGAUGUUCCAUCCCGGGACACCCCCCCUCCAGGUUGCGUUGACCUGUCCUUCUUGGAAGAAGCACUUCUCAGUUCUCCAGAUGGGGUUCCUGAGGUAGGGCAGGGAGGCCCAGUGGGGGUUGUAGAAGAGGAGGAGGAGGCAUGUGAUAUCCUACAACAGAGUCUUCAGGAGGCUGAUAUCACUGAGCAGACCUUGGCACUAGAAGCUGGGUUGGCUGCCCCUGGAGAUGCCCUGUCUCUUUACAACCCCCCUGGAACACUGAUUGGUUCUCUUGCCUCACAAUUCCUGCCCAAAACCUCUCCCUUGCCAACAAUGCCCCGGGAUACCCAAGCAGCUGUGGAGCCCCCACAGCCCUCACUGCUGGCUGUGGGGCCAGGUUGCCCUUCUCUGAAGCCCGCUGCCCCUCAGCUAAUGGGUCUUCUACCUGGCACAGUUUUCCCCGCAACUCCACCCGAAGCCUCUAUUUCCCUAAGUCCUGCCCAGGGCUCUGGAAUGAUCAUUCAGAAGGCCCUUCCAAGCCUGACUGGUCGCCCCAUGAUGGCGACCUCACUGAGAGCCACCACAGGCCCAGGGAUUCUGCUGACACGAGGCCCUCUGCCAAUCCAGCCCAAGAUGCCUGUCAACAUCCAGCCCCGUCUGGUACAAAUAAGUCCCAAGCCCUCUGGACAGAAGAACUCACCAAGCCUUACUUUGGUUCAAGGGACAGCUUCGCCAAACAUUCUGUUGUCCCCUCCGCUAGGCCCCAAGCAACCCCCAGCCACCCCUCACCUCAGCAAGCCAGUCAGUGUGCAGUUGUUGAAUCAAGGGGGAUCCAUCGUCAUUCAGCCCCAGGGUCUAUUUCAAGGCCACAAUCAGUUCCUGCUUCCCAACCAAACUCCUGUGACGGUACCCCAGUCUGCCGGUGCUACGCGCCCCUUGCUCACUCCUGCCAGCCAGCAAGAGGUUUCAGUGCGGGGCAGGGCACCUUCUUCUGGUCACCUGAUGGACAGCACUCAGAUUCUUACAGCCCCUCCUAGGCAGCUGAAUUUCAGCCCCGUAUUCACAACACCAACAGGGCAGUUAGCGCUGAGGCAAGGUGCCCUCUUAUCAGCUCCUUUGCACCUACAGUCUGCACCCCCUACUAUAGUCCAGAUGCCUGCACAAGUGGCUGGAAGCUACACGCCGCAAGGGCAGGCACAGCGGGGCAGCUUGCUUCAUGGCACUGCCUUGGGGGGCCACAUCACUCUGAUCAACAGCCCCGGGAUGCUUCCAUCGGAUGUAGCCUCCAUUUCUAUUGUCAACGGUCCUUCGGUGGUACAGGGUCUGCCCUUUCCACCUCAGACCCAGCAGCCUAUCUCAGGGGGCGUAGAUGGACAGCAAAGCCAGCCACAGACCUCUGUCUUACUGCUGCCUGAAACAUCUGCCCUAGAGGAUAAAGGCUCAAAUGAAGAACAGCUACUCCAUGUUCCACGGGUGUGUCCCACAGAGGUCCAGUCCUCUCCCCCAGUUUUGACUGUACUGCAGCCUCAGCUGGACAUCCCCCUCCACCAUGACCCAGUCAAUCCCCUGCCCGAACACAUUUUACCGCGUGCAAAUGGGUCGCAGGUGCUCGACAGGCUGCCUAGCCCAGCUCCUUCGAAACACGACUUCAUGCAUCGUCUCCAGCAGGUCAACCAGCAGAGUCUUCAGCCACAGGCAACAUCUGCUGAAAACCUGCCUGUGACACUGCAGGUCCAAGUUACGCCCCGUAUCUCAGCUCAGGCUGCUCAGCGGGAGACAUCUACACCUUCUCAGCUCACCGUCAGCCAAGCAGGGGCCCCCCCCGUGACCCCAAACCCUAGAGGGAUCGGCACUUCCACCCAUCCUGGGCAUGAGCAGCUUGGGCCGCGAUGCUCACCUCUGAUUGGCCAGGCAUCAUUAAGCACAACCCCAGCCGGCUUCUCCUCCCCAUUUGCUGGGCAGGCCGAGAGUCUGUCUGAGUCUCGACACGGCAAGGCGCCCCAUUUCUCACAGGCCACCACCCCCGUACACACGGUGCCGUCCCCUUUAGUGGUCGGUCUGUCUGUUGGGCCACAUUCGCCCACACGUCUCCUGGGUUCGGAGGAUCCUCAAGCCCCAACUGACCCCCCCACCCAGCUGCGGGCACAAGUUAGUGAGUAUCGGUGGACUGUGAAGUCUAACUGUCAAGCAAAUAUAAAGUAUCAAAGGAGGCGCAUUAAUCGGUGUCAUUUAUAUGCUGAUUUAUUUUACUCACCAGAACAAGCUUUGGUUUCUGCUGUACAGAGUAGAGGGUCUCCCUUGUGCCCUGAUCCAGCCUCUCCAAAAAUCCAAGGACCCCAGAUUCAGGGGCAACACAGUCUGAAGCACCACAGUCAAGUGACUCAAACCGAGCAGCAUUCAAACACGCAGGUAACAACAUGCAAUGAUAAAGAAAGAGAAGAGAGACUCAGCCCAGCAAUGCGCAAACACAGGUUCCAGCAACUGUUGUGCAGGGAUCACGCUGCAGUUCUGAGCCCGGAUGCCCACUCCCCAUUCCUGUCCCUGGAGAACGCAGUAAUUCGUCUGCUGCCAUACCACACUUGUGCGGGGUGUUUACCCAGCCAGACAGACUUCCUCACAGUAGACAAGCAGUUUGAAGCUGUGUCUGGCCUGCUACUGAAACGUACCAAGGAGAUGCUAAACAAGUAUCGGCAGCUAUUGUUGGGGGAAGCCCAGCAGGUAAGCCCAUCAGCAGAAAUGGUAAUGUUGGAGCGGCUUUUCCUCCAAGCGGAGAGGGGAGUUCUCGGGGAAGAGAAGCGCAAGGCCCGACUAGAGCCAGAAUCCUUUCUGGUGUCUCUCCGUAAACCAGCAUCUGGACCGCCUUUGUUGCACUCUAACAGCCCCCCCUCACCUCCCUCGUGGGCCCUGCUGUCUGAUCGCCCGCCAGGCCUCAAAACGUACCGUUCCAGUAGCCGGGGGGCACUCAAACUCACCAUAAAGCACGAGUCGGGAUCUCGCAAGGUAGUGCACAACUCGGCCUGUGAAAGUACAGGCAGUCCUCCUUCCAGCCACAAGCAAGAUUGCACUGGGCAGCUGACUAAUGGAAGAGACACAAUUAACAGACAAGGACAAGGAGGCCAGGACCCUACUUACCCCCAGAAUCAGACUGAGUCAUCAGACAAUAACCGGAGUCAGGUAACCGGUGAGGCCCAGGAAUCAAAACAGAUUACUGACACACACGCAGCGUACAGCCACUCCCAAGUAGACCCACAAUCCUCUGCUUCGGUGCCGCCCAGCACUGACCCUAUCCUCUGCCCCCCGAAACCUAAAAGACUCCGACCAGACCCUGACCAAGAUCAGCAGGGUCUGGCUUUUCCUGGAGAGGACCAUGUCCUCAAUGAGCAUCUUCAAAGUGCUAUUGACAGCAUCCUAGAGCUGCAACGUAUGCAGGGGCCACCAAGGCUCCAGACGCAACCUCCUCCGGAUAGCAAGGGAGCGUCCGCACUGGAGCAGGCUGUCAGUAGCAUCAUGGAGGGACACCGGUAGGGAGAAGGUGGCAAGAUAUAGGCAGUGACAUAUGAAGGAGAAUAAACUGUAGAAAGGAAUUCAAAGGUAGUACUGAUGUACAGGCUUAAUAUUACUAAAUACAAAUUUUAUGUAGAUGUUUCACAUUGAAUCCAUUUCAAAUAGCAGAUACAGUUAUACGUCAGGAGUUCGUGAAAUGGUUCAGACGUUCAAACGAUACAUCAGGUGUUCAGACAAGUCGUUCAGCAUUCGUAGCACAUCCAUAGCAGUCAAAUUAUCUGCAGUAGCAUUUACUGUAAAAAGUACAAAAAAACAAAAAACAAAUGGGAUAUUCCUCAAGUAUUAUUUGAAGAUAUUAAUUUAAGGUUUGUCCUGAUGUGAAGUAUGUAUCCGUUUUUAUUAGCUUAGUAAUAAAUGACAGCGGCCCGUUUUCUGUUCGAAAGAGAUUGAGUUGUAAAAGGGAUAAAGAGGAUUUCCCACUAUACUGCACAAAGGCUGCUGUUCUGUGCAUCUAGUGCUCAGUCCCUCAUAUUCAGCCUUCUGAAUUACAGUGAGCCAUAAGAGGAUGGUCUUACUCUAAAGAAUUUUAUUUUUAUUGAACAGUGAUCAAGGCUGUGACAAAUAAUUCACCUUGGGUUAAGCUGCAUCUUGCAUAAACUGAGUGGGGGGGAAUCUGCAUUUGACAGCCAAAAGUCAUGCAGGCUACUUCAUCCUGAAUACACCAGCAAAUAUCAAUGUUGCAUCUGUGAAACUUUUGCGAGCAGAAAGGAGAACAAUAUACUUUGUCCAAAGAAGGCUUUAACGAGAAAACUAGAUUAUGAUCAUGUUUAGAUGUUUCUACACUGAGUGGAAGACAUAGAAUUCAUUCAUGUUUAGAACUUUGUAAGAUUUCUUUUAAUUUUCUGGAGACUUUUAACAGAUUAGCAAUAACAAAUAAAUGUUUGUAAAAACUGCUACUGUUACACUGAGGGGAGACUGCGGACUGAGUGAAGCUCAACUGCAGUUCAGGAUUCAGUGAACUAGAUUGAGGCCAGACCUAAAUGUGAGGCACAUUCACCACUGCCUUGAGAUCAGCCCUGUAACUGCAAUACAGUAAGACCAACAGGAUCAAUAACAUGGAGGUAAAACAAAGGGUGGUCAUAACAUUCUGAAGUGGUGAGUUCAGCAUGAGGAGGAGCAGGAGCGAUGUCACAAAACGGAACACACCUGGCUGACAUAUGACUGCCUGAAAGUUUCAAUUUUAGGCAUCAUUCGCGCUCAAUUUACCCAAUAACAUAUUGACAGCAUCUUUUAAUCUUCAAAUAGCCUUUGACCAAAAAGUUAGUGGUCGUUAGUGUCAAAUAUUUAUUUUUAAUACUAGAUGUUUUUCGAAUUUUUGUUGGGGGGGGGGGGAAAUGAAUGUUGGGCUCUUUUCAUGGAAGUUGUAGGGGUUGAACAACCAAAAUUUAAUGAUACCAUGUAAAUGAAGAUGAAGUAGGACGACAGAAGUACUUAAAGGACUGCAACCAUGUAUUUAUUAAUGCUACAAGAAUUUCCUAUACCAGGGUGCUUUGGUUUACCGUCAUAAUUUUAGGCUGAUCAAAAGUACAGAUGAACUCUAUUAACCCGUCUACAAAUUUGAGAACACCGAGUUGUAAUACUAAGGGUUUACCAUUGAAAACAGUAUUAGGGUUUAACUAAAAGAUGAGUGAUAAGUGAUCUAGUAAUUUGAAGGUUGCAUUGUGAAUGUCAACGUACUCAAAGCCUAGCCAGAAUAUUUAACGACAUGUAUAUUAGCCAAAACUGUAUUUAUGAAACAGGGUUGGACAAGUUAACUAGACAAAUUAAAUUAUAUUUAAAAUGGAUUAAAUUUUUUCCCCCUAAAGGAAAAGAGUUUGAACUAAAUUCGAGACCUCAGAAAUCUACGGUCUCUUCACAUUUCGGCCUCAUAGGGUUUUAAUGGAUGUCUUGAUAUUAACAGAGUUCAUCUGCAUAAAAACUAAAUAGAGAAAGGGAUAAUCCUGCAUGUUGAGCCAUUUUGUGUUAUGCAUUUUGUUCUUGUUUUUAUAACGGAGUUAAUGUGACCUGGGACCUCAGGUUAGACACUGUGCUUUCAUCUUAAGACUGACAGAUUGUUCUGUUGCCAAAAUCAAGGGGCCUUAAUUCACCAGAACCAGAUUGUAAUCAUAAUACUAAAUACCCAACUGAGUACUUUGACUUAAGUCAUGGAAGUGAUUCAUUUAGGACAUGUAAAGAGAAGCUUUUGUACACAUUUUUACAGACUAUUUAUUAA